AUGAUUUCCUGUUCAGCUCUGGAAGUCAAAUUUGGAGUCAAUGAGGAACAGCUGGAAGACCUGAAGAUACAAAACUCAGAGUUGAUGAGCAGACUGAGAGCUGGUGAGAAAGAGCUGGAAGACCUGAAGACAGAAAACUCAGUUCAGCUCUCUGUGAUGGACUCUAGACUGAGAGAUGGACUCAACAAAACUGCAGUAGACGUGGAGUUCAGACUGGGAUUUACUGAGACACAGCUGACACAGCUGGAGACCCUCGCUGCAGAGUUGAUGAGCAGACUGAGAGCCGGUGAGAAAGAGCUGGAAGACCUGAAGACAGAAAACUCAGUUCAGCUCUCUGUGAUGGACUCUAGACUGAGAGAUGGACUCAACAAAACUGCAGAUGUGGAGUUCAGACUGGGAUUUACUGAGACACAGCUGACACAGCUGGAGACCCUCGCUGCAGAGUUGAUGAGCAGACUGAGAGCCGGUGAGAAAGAGCUGGAAGACCUGAAGACAGAAAACUCAGUUCAGCUCUCUGUGAUGGACUCUAGACUGAGAGAUGGACUCAACAAAACUGCAGAUGUGGAGUUCAGACUGGGAUUUACUGAGACACAGCUGACACAGCUGGAGACCCUCGCUGCAGAGUUGAUGAGCAGACUGAGAGCCGGUGAGAAAGAGCUGGAAGACCUGAAGACAGAAAACUCAGUUCAGCUCUCUGUGAUGGACUCUAGACUGAGAGAUGGACUCAACAAAACUGCAGAUGUGGAGUUCAGACUGGGAUUUACUGAGACACAGCUGACACAGCUGGAGACCCUCGCUGCAGAGUUGAUGAGCAGACUGAGAGCCGGUGAGAAAGAGCUGGAAGACCUGAAGACAGAAAACUCAGUUCAGCUCUCUGUGAUGGACUCUAGACUGAGAGAUGGACUCAACAAAACUGCAGAUGUGGAGUUCAGACUGGGAUUUACUGAGACACAGCUGACACAGCUGGAGACCCUCGCUGCAGAGUUGAUGAGCAGACUGAGAGCCGGUGAGAAAGAGCUGGAAGACCUGAAGACAGAAAACUCAGUUCAGCUCUCUGUGAUGGACUCUAGACUGAGAGAUGGACUCAACAAAACUGCAGAUGUGGAGUUCAGACUGGGAUUUACUGAGACACAGCUGACACAGCUGGAGACCCUCGCUGCAGCUUUGAAGGUCAAACUGAGAGUCAACGAGGAACAGCUGGAAGACCUGAAGAUACAAAACUCAGUUCAGCUCUCUUCAAUGGGUUACAGACUGAAAGAUGGACUCAACAGAACCACAGAUGUGGAGUUUAGACUGAGAUCCACCGAGACACAUCUGGAACAGUUGGAGAUUUCCACUGCAGCUCUGGGGGUCAAACUGGAAAUCAACAAGGAACAACUACAAGAUCUGAAGACACAAAACUCAGGGCGUGAAGUCAUGCUGUCUGCCAUGGCGGUCGGACUGAACCGGACGGAAGAGCAGCUAGUCGAUCUGAGGACUCAAAGCUCAGGCUCAGCUGCUCUGCUGGUUACGCUGUCAGACAGACUGACAGCAGCUCAGACAGACACUGAAGAGCUGCAAGUCAGACUGAAAACCAGCGAAGCUGCAGUGAAUCAGCUGAAUUCGAAGAAUGGAGAUGAGCUGAAGGUUGGAUUUUCCGCCGGUCUGACCGAUUCAGGAUCAAUUGGACCAUUUGAUGAAGAAACAACUCUGAUCUUCUCCAAAACCAUUACCAACAUCGGAGAGGGCUACAACCAGUCUGCAGGUGUUUUUACAGCUCCAGUCAGAGGAGUUUACUUCUUCAGCUUCACGGCUGCUGAUUACCUGAAGGGUUACAUGGGCUUGCACUUGUACAGGAACAGCCAGCCAAUCAUCUUCAGCCUGGACCUGAACGACCACGGCGGCUACGCCUCCACGGCCAGCAUGGUGGCUCUGCAGCUGGAGCAGGGCGACCAAGUCCGCCUCAGUCUGCCAGCUAGCUACCGGCUCUACGACGACUCCCGAAACUUCAGCCUCUUCUCUGGUUUCCUGCUGUUCCAGCUCUGACUGCACCACCCUGCCAGAAACCUCCCCCCCGUCACAAAUGAGCUCCAUCAACCAAACCUGGAUUUUAGGUUCAGGCGGAUGAAAAACCUUCUGUGACAUCACAAACGGACCCAAACGCAAAAGUGUUUAAAUAAAUUAUG